AUGUCUCAUUUACAAAAUUAUACAAUACUUAAAUCACUCGGUAAAGGCACAUUUGGUAAAGUAAAACGUAAAAAUUAUCCAGUUGCUUCCCACAAAUUGACGGGCAUAAAAGUUGCCUUUAAAAUAUUACAUCAAAAGGACACUAAACCUGAAAAGUCUAGAUUGAUGAGAGAAUUGACGAUCCAUCAAAAACUAAGGCAUUUUAAUAUAAUCAGGCUGUAAUAAAUAUAUAGAUACGAAGUUAUUGAGACAGUUGACAAAAUUUAUAUGGUCAUGGAAUAUGUACCUAAUGGUGAUUUUCAAAUGUUUUUGAAUAAGAAUGGGAAACUAGAUGAAGAAAAAGCUAGGUUUUAUUUCCAGCAGCUUAUUUCAGCUGUCAAAUUUUGUCAUAAAAAAAAAGUUGCUCAUAGAGAUUUAAAAUUAGAAAAUUUAAUGCUGGAUGAAAAUAUGAAUAUUAAGAUAAGUGACUUUGGAUUAUCGAAUUUUAUGGAAGAUGGGAAAUUUUUACAAACUUAUUGUGGCUCAUUAAAUUAUUCGGCACCACAAUAUUAAAAAUGUCAGUUAGGGAUAGGUCCUAACUCCUGCUACGCAGGUCCGUAUCCUAUCAUCCGAGCUUAGUGAGAGAAAUCAAGCUUCUUGAGAGUCUCGGCUUGAAGGGUCGGGUGCUGAGAAGUCUUAACGGGCUUAAUAACUUUAACGGUUUGGCGGUAAGGCCGGUCCAAUCUACCGUUAUUCAGAGCUGUUAAUGCAGUUUUGACCCUCAAGUAAAAGAAGAUUGAUGGCAAUUUGCUAUAGUAAUUCGUUAAACUUAAACUUAAAUUCGGCACCUGAAAUAUUAUUAGGCACUCCAUAUAAUGGAGCUAGUGUAGAUAUUUGAAGCUGUGGAGUUAUUCUCUAUACUUUUUUGACUGGGAUGCUACCUUUUUCAGGAAGCGAUGUAAGAUCUUUAUUCAAAAAAAUUGUAAAUGGAAGACUCGAUAAUCAUUAAAUGGUGCCACUUAAUUUUUCGUCGCCCAAUCCAAUUUUCUCUUUUUGCGUUUUAUGAUUAUGAGUUUAGAAUUCUCCCACGAAUUUCUCCCGGCUAUGACAGAACUUAAGUGUCUGCGAUACAGCGCAGGACUCCUAUCUCUUAGGAAAUCAGAGGCUGGGACCUUUAAGGUGCCUGAAGGACUCAAAUUUGGCUUCUAGAUCGAGCCUGAAGGAAGGCCAUUGAAAUCUGAAACGCCCGGAGCUGAUGGACCAUUCAGGGGCGAAGCCGCGCGGUGCCUGAAAUGCGGUAGCCAGGAGCCAGAAGCAGGAACAGAAUCCCAUGGAAUUAAUAUACUAUUGGAUGUUAUCAAGAUGAAGAUUAGUUUUAAUAUAAUGCGAAUGGAAGAUUUGACAUUAAACCAGUCAAAUAUUCAAAGCCUGCUUUAGAUCUGAUAUACAAAAUGCUUGACCCAGACCCUAUUUCUCGUAUUAACAUAGAACAGAUUGAAGAGCAUCCUUGGAUUAAGCAAAAUUUACCUAUGAGUUUAAAUGUAUUAAAACCAAAAAAUUCUUAUUUCGACAGCCAUAAUAAAAUUUCAUCAUAUGAAGAUAUAGACUCUGAGAUAUUUGAAACCCUUAUGAAAUUCCCAGAAUUUUCAAACCUAAAAAUUCCAUUCGAGCUCGUAAAAAACAGGAUUUUAAAUCAUGAAAAAUCAACUUUUACCAUUGCUUAUGAAUUACUAUUAGAAGCAAAAAUCAAAAAAGGCAGCAAAUCAUUGAUACAAGAUAAGGUACUUAGGAACAAUAUGAAUUUGAAUAAGAAUGUAAAUAAUAGAGAUAAAUCAAAAGCCAAUGAAAAUAACAAAGAAAACGUUUUCAUUGCAAAUAGGAAAAAUCUAUUGCACAAUAGAGAGAAAAGAAUCAUUUGUAAAAAAUUGUCAUACUUUUUUAGGAACUUGCAGCGAAUAUUUAUUUAUAUCGCUUCGUCUAUAUGGAAACUUUGCACUGAAACCUGUGAAGAGCAAGUAUGCUCGCUACACAAGAAGGUAGAUACACUGUAA